AUGUGCAGGAAGGAUAGUCCCCUGAACGAGGAAAGUCAUGAUGAACCUGGCGUUGAACUACACUCUGAUGCAAAUGGAGUGGGAAUGGGGUAUCGUGAUGAUGAUGGGAGCAUACUCGCGAAACAAGACGUCCAUCCAUCAGAGAGGAACGGAGUAGUGAUAGUACCAACCGGUAACAUCACGAUUGUAAGUUGUAAUGACCUGGAAGGACGUAGCAAAAAGGAAAACGGAGAAUUAGUAAUUAAUGGCACGAGGUAUUGGAACACAGAUGGACUUACCAUGAAGAGACCUAAAGUGAAUAGGGUGGGGUUGAGGUAUUGUGAUGAAGGAUGGAUCACAAUUUAUGAGCGGGAUGCCCACCCCCCUGAGGGUAAAAUGGAGUAUGAAGCAGAAGGAGAGACGAUAUUCAUAAGUACGUGGGAACCAUGGGACCCCGAGGACAGUGGAAAUGAUGAUGUUACAGAAGAGGAAUUCACAAACGAUGACGAAUUAGCGGAUCAAGAUCAUUGGUGGAAACGAUACUGUGGAAAAAGGAUACAACUGUCAGCGUGCCUAUUAACCAUCAAGAUGAUGGGAACGAAGAAGUAUGGUGACGCACACGGACUUACCGAUGGGAGACCUGAUGCAAGUGGAGGUAGAUUGGGAUGUCACGAGGAUGGAGGGACGAUAACCGAUGACCCUCCUGAUGAGGCUAAAACAGAGAAUAAAACGAAGGGAGGGACGGUGCGACGGACGAACACGCUCAAGGAGUUAAUGAUAGCAUACGUAGACGUCAUUGCAAAACUAAUACACUGCACAAUGAUGAUCAUUGUCAUGACAGUUCUGAUAACCAAUGGAGCUGUCUCGAAAUCUGAAUGUGCAGGAAUAAUGCGACGUAUUGGUAGCAUUAGCAGGAAGGCCGGUUGGUGCACAGAAGGAUGGAGGGAAAGAGAGCGCGAAAAGAGAACACAACGAAGGUUACAACCGACAAAGAUAUGUACUGACCACAUCAUUAUUAAAGCAAGCGCGAAAAAGGGAUGA